UUGGGUUAUUUUUUCUUUUAUUAUUUUGUCAUUGAAGUUAAUUAUUGACCAUGAUUUCUAAAAUCUGAUGUAAUUAAGAAACAUAUUAAAUCUCUUCCAAAGACCAAAUUAAAUUCCCUGAAUACUGCAUAUCCAGUCAAUGGUCUCAUGUUUCUUUGGUAUUUUUAGAUUUUUACUAAAAUUAUCAAAUACAUAACAGAAAAAUCUAACAGUUUUGGUACCUACUUGAGAAAUAUAUAUUUAUAUUCAUUGUGUAUCUGCAUAAGAUAAAUUUGUAGUCAUCAAUGGGUUCAUAUGUCCUUGUAUGGCAUAAAACUAUAAGUUACAUAUGUAUAGAAUGAAGAUGAACAUUACAAAUAUAAUCCGAAAUGUUUAGCAAUACAUAUUUCAAACCUCUUUUGUUUCUUCUUUAUCUGUUUGUUAACCAAACUAAUGGUUUACCUGUGGAAACAAUCUUUAAAUUUCAAGGUCCUUUGCCUCCUAUACUUCCCCAUGAGGUACAUUUCGGCAAAGGGACCAUAGACUUGGGAGGUCUUGAGGUUAAACAAGUCUCCAUCUCCAACACAACAGCAAAGAGAGUAUGGAGAACAUAUGAAGGAGGACGAGACAGCAUGGGAUUCAGCAUCUUUGAACCUAUAAAUCUCCCUGCUAACUUCUUCAAAAUUGGCUUCUACGCACAACCAAACAACCAGAAGCUUUUUGGUUGGAUCCUUGUUGCAAGAGACGUGUCUGGAAGAAGCUUAAGACCACCAGUGGACUACAUUGAAGUCUGGAACACUGCAUCGCUGGAUAUCAAACAAGACGGACAUGCAUAUUUUUGGCAGCCGGUAUGUCUCAAAGGGUAUAAACCGGUUGGUGUGAUUGUCACUACUUCCUCUCAAAAGCCUCCUAUGAAAAAAAAAUCUAUAAGCUGUGUUCGGUCAGAGCUGACAGAACAGAGUGAAGCUGAUACGUUAGUAUGGGGUUUUAAAGGAGUUAGCGUUGUUAAUUUGAGACCGGUCCAAAGAGGAACACAAGCAACAGGUGUGUACACAGGAACAUUCAGUUUUCAACAACUAAACUCAUCUCCUCUUCCUUAUUUAUUCUGUUUGAAGAACACCAAACUCAACAUGUCCUCUAACAUUCCAAGCAAAGCUCAAACCAGAGCUUUGUUCAAAACCUAUUCUCCUUUGAUAUAUUUCCAUCCAAAAGAAAAUUUUCUACCUUCUUCGGUCCAUUGGUUCUUCGCCAACGGUGCCUUGUUAUACAAGAAAGGAAACGAAUCAAACCCUAUACCUAUACAACCAAACGGUACAAAUCUUCCGCAAGGCGGUUCAAACGAUAACUUAUUCUGGUUAGACUUUCCACUCGAUAAGACCGCCAAGGAGAAGGUUCAGAGAGGAGACUUAAGAAACACCAAAGUGUAUCUAAACAUCAAACCAAUGUUCGGAGGGACCUUCACCGACAUCGCCGUAUGGAUAUUCUGUCCUUUCAACGGAAACGCACACCUCAAGUUUCUAUUCAUCAAGAGCCUUUCUUUAGGUCAAAUAGGCGAACAUGUCGGAGACUGGGAGCACGUUACUUUACGCAUCAGUAACUUCAACGGCAAGUUAUGGAGAGUCUACUUCUCUCAGCACAGUGGAGGUACGUUGGUGGACGCAUGCGAUCUAGAGUACGUUGAAGGUGCGAACAAACCGGUUAUAUACUCGUCGCUUCACGGUCACGCAAUGUUUUCGAAACCUGGACUUGUGUUGCAAGGCAAAAGAAAGUAUGGUAUAAGAAACGAUAUGGCGAGGAGUGACAAGUGGUUAGACUGUGGUAAGGGAUAUGAGGUGAUUGGAGGGCCUUGGGGCGUGGUUGAGCCGGCUUGGACGAGCUAUUUUAGGAAAUGGGGACCAAGGGUUGGUUACAAGAUUGAUAAGUCAAUUAAAUCAUUUGCUAAGAAGAUUUUACCCAUGUUUGUUAGGAAACGGUUACGAAAUAUUAUUCGGAAGAUACCUUAUGAAAUAAUUGGUGAAGAUGGUCCUACGGGUCCUAAAGCCAAGUUGACUUGGACUGGUGAUGAUAAGUAUUCUUAAAUUGUUUUAUGGUAGGUUCUUGCACUAUUCACUAAAAUAUUUACUGUAUGGUUCUCAACGAAUAUUGUAUUCUGCUGGUUCAAUACCCAAAUUAAGUAAGGCCAAGCCAGUCCAAACCGAUCGUGUUCAUCUAGAAAUUGUAUGUGUUGUUCAUAUACGUCAUCAAGUGACAAUGGAAAAUAAGAUAAGGCUAACCAAAGCCCAGGCCCAUAAAUAACACCCAGGUGAUCUGGAGUUUAACAUAUUAUGCAAGUACCAAGGGGAAGUCUAUAGGCGUUAGUUCUCUCGUUACUCGGUCUGUAAAGUAGCUUCAUUGUCCAUGAUUAGAUCUUGAAUCAAUUUUAUUAACAUGUGUGCAUAUAUCACUUAAAUUUAGUGAUUAACCUUUCCUUUCUUCUGCUGUGCCACCUUAUACGUACACAAAUAGCUGACAUGUUUUUUAGAAGUCAAUACGUGUAAUAAUUGUGUAAUUGUAAACCAACCAUGUGCCCAUAUAGAGAUCACUGAAAAGAUCUCGAAGACGAGUUGAAUUGGUUAAUAUUCAAUUUAGCAAACGAAGAAAUUGCACCAAAACAUUAAUGGUCUUGGGACAGAGUGCGUUUGCAUAACGUCAAUAGAAAAAAGAGAUUUGGCAGUAUAUAAGGGCCUGGAUCAUCAUGAAGUUUAUCAGAUCCAGGCGAGUGAUACUGCCGAUUUAUAUUUCGCAAGGUUUAUUAUUAAUAAAUUGACUGGAUCAUGAUAGUAUUCAAUCCAACCAAAGAAGCUGAACUUGCUUUUCUUUCCGACAAAAAAAACAAUUCUCAACCAAAAA